AUGUUUCAAACUCUCAGUCGUCUCUCUACCAAAGAUUCCCAUCAUCACCAUCGCAUACGGGUUUGUUCAAUUCUAACCCAAUUCAUCAAUUUUUGUGCCGAUUCUUCCAUUAAACCCCCAAAUACACCUGUAACAAAUCAGACCCACAAAAAUUCACCUUCGAUUAACUUAUCCGGCAUUGCAAGAACUGCGAAAUCAAAGUGUUCGCCGCACCACCUUUCACUUAAGGAUUACCUUCUCAGAUUGUCGAACAUAUCCCCUGAGAUUAUACGUAGAUUUUGGAGAGUUUCUGAGCUAAAACCCCAAAAUGUUCUCGAAAUUUUGGUUGGUUUUGAAUCCGACAGUGGGAAGUACGAGGUUGAGGUUGAAAAGGUUGAAUCUUUAUGGGGAAUUUUCAAGUGGGCGAGUGGGCAAACUAGGGAAUUUGAGCAUUUUCCUAUGUCUUGUAAGAUCAUGGCUUCGAUGCUUGUGCGGGCGGGUUUCUUUAUCGAAGUCGAGUGCUUGUUAUCGCGGAGUGAAAGCCGAGGAAUUCUGUUGGAUUGUGAUGGAGUUUUCGGUAAUUUAAUCGAAGGCUAUUUAAAGGAGUUUGAAUUAGAUAGGGCAAUAUCGGCUUACGAAAGAAUGAGAGGGCUAGCAUUGGUACCGUCAUUAUCGAGUUAUCGAGCUCUUGUUAAGUAUUUGGUUGGAGUCGACGAAACGCAGUUGAUGUAUCGUGUUUAUUUGGAUAUGAUUAAUAAUAAGGUGGGAAUUGGAGGGAGUGUGGAAGAAGAUGACAUUCACGAGAGUGUUGUUCGAAUGCUUUGUAUAGAUGGGAAAGUUCAAGAAGCCAGAAAUCUCGUUAAGGAAUUCUUGAAUUAUGGAGUUAGACCGAGUGAUUUAGUCGUUAACGCAAUUAGUUGUGGUUAUUGUAAUAAGAAGGAUUACGACGAUUUGUUGAGGUUUUUUGCGGAAGUUAAGGUUGCACCGGAUGCCCUAAUCGGGAACAAGAUUCUCUUUUCUUUGUGCAGAGAUUAUGGUGUCGAUGAAGCAAGCAUUUUCUUGCAGAAAUUGGAAGAAAUAGGGUUCUGCCCUAACGAAAUAGCUUUCGGGAUUUUGAUUGGUUCAAGUUGCCUCGAACGAAAAUUGAAGAACGCUCUAUUUUACGUCUCGGAUAUAUUGUCAAGUGGCCUCAAGCCACAUUUGUACUCUUACAACGCUCUUUUAAGUGCGAUGUUCGAGGAGGGUAUGUCGAAGCACGCUCGAGAAAUACUCGUUGAAAUGAGUGAAAUGGGAGUGACUCCGAAUUUGUCCACCUACAAAAUUCUCGUAGCUGGAUUUUGUAGAGCUCGACAGUUUGACGAAGUGAAGGCAAUAGUAUGCGAGAUGUCGGAUAAUGACUUGGUGAAAAUUUCGUCAUUGGAAGAUCCAUUGACCAAAGGGUUUAUGCUUUUGGGGCUUAGCCAAUCGGAAGUGAAGAUUAGAAGGGACAAUGACAAGGGGUUUUCUAAAACCGAGUUUUACGAUAAUCUUGGUAAUGGUCUUUAUCUAGACACAAAUCUUGAUGAGUACGAGAAUAAAAUUACUCGCGUUCUUGAUAAUUCUAUGUUGCUCGAUUUCAACUCGGUUAUAAUCGAAAAUCUUGAAUUUCGAGAUGUAGAAAGUUCUCUAGUAAUGGUGGAUGAAACGGCAAAAUGGGGACAAGAAUUAUCUUUGAAUGCCGUGUCAUGUUUGUUGAGUCGCCUUUGUAGAGAUUCCUUAAAUGUCGAGACGAUAAAUUGUCUUUUGGAAGCUAUGUCCAAAUCGAUUUAUCAGCUCGAUCGAAAGACACUAAAUAUGCUUGUUCAGACAUUCGGCAAAACGGGGUUUACUUUUCGGGCAAGAACUCUUUUCGACGGAAUGAUGCGAAGGGGUUACAAUAUCGAUAACGAUACCUAUUCUGCCCUUCUGUUUGAUGCAUGCAAGAGAGGCGAUUCUAGAAGCUUCCGGAAGUUCUUUAGCCUCGCCCGAGAAUCGAACUGGUCGCCCGAAGAAAAAGACGGUAAUGCCCUUGUUGUUUCUAUGUGCAAGAACAAAUGGUUCGAUGAGGCGUGUGCUUUACUUGAGGAAUUUUCGACUCAAGCCGGUAUUUUCGAUCACAUGGCGUAUAGCUGUCUUGUUAGUGGGUUUUGUCGGGAGAAGAGAUUCGCCAAAGCAUUGGGAAUCUUUGAGAAUAUGCUUUUUCGGAAAUUAUCUCCACCUGUGGAAAUGUACGCUCGAUUGAUUUCUCGUAUUUGCAGGACUAACUUUGAGAAAGCUAUCGAAUUGAAAAAUACGUGCUCGAUGGAUAAUCAACCUUCUGCAUUACUUCCAAUCGAUUGUGCUCUGAUUAAAGGACUGUGCAAAUCGAAAAGAUUUCAAGAAGCGAAUAUUCUAUUCGAGCAGGUAUUAUUUAAGGGCUUCGUUCCAAAUUCCGAUGUGUUCAACGCUUUAAUCGAAGGCUAUUGUGGAGAACGUAAUUUCAAGAAAGUUAAAGAGUUCCUCUGUUUUAUGAUAAGGAAGAAUUUACGCUUCUCGAUUUCUACUUACGGUAAUAUUUUACGCAUGGCAUGCAAAAAAGGGAAUUUUUUUCUCGCUAUGAGAUCGAAAGAGCUUAUGCUUCGAAUAACGGAAUUUCCGGAGAUUGUUUUGUAUAAUAUUCUGAUAUUUCACAUUUCCUCGACAAAAAAUAGUUCCGUAUUGGAUUCCAUGAUCGAAGAACUUCGAAAGAAAGGACUGCAGUUCGAUGAUGUCACUUACAACUACGUUAUUCGAGGGUUUCUUUUGUGUAAUGAUAUAUCAUGUUCUCUACACUAUCUGAGAAAUAUGUUAAGACAAGAUCUUAAGCCGAGUAAUCGCAGUUUACGAGAAAUAAUCAUUUUUCUUUGUCGUAAUUUGGAGGUCGAGUUAGCUUUAGAAUUGAGUCGAGAAAUGGAGUUAAGAGGGUGGAUUUUUGGAUCGGUUAUUCAAAGCAGCAUAGUCGAAGCACUUCUCGGGAAGGGUACAAACGUCAAUAAAGCAGUGGAAUUUCUCGACAGAAUAGCGUCGAAGAGUCUGAUUCCUGAGAACGUAAAUUACGAUUAUUUAAUCAAGCGGUUUUAUGAACACGGAAGAGUGGAUAAAGCGGUUGAACUACUAAACGUCAUGCUUCGAAAGGGGGGUGGUGGCCCCCCCGAGUCAACUAGCUAUGAUUAUAUUAUCCAGGGUUUGUGUAAAGACUAUUGUAACCUGGAUAAAGCUCUCGAUUUUUACGGUGAGAUGCUGUGCAGAGGAUUGAAACCGAGUGUGGUUACAUGGAAUAUUCUCGUUUGUGGAUUGAGUGAAUUCGGGAGAGUUGAAGAAGCCGAGGAGUUACUUAGAUCGAUGAUUGAGUCUGGUGAAAUACCGAGCAGAAGGGUUUUUAAUGCUGUGAUCGAUAAAUACCGUUCGGACAAGAAUUUUGGGAAGACGUUUGAAAUUGUGAAUUUGAUGCAAGAGAAAGGCUAUGUGCCUGAUUUCGAGACACAUUGGUCUCUUGUCAGUAAUUUGAGCGAUUCGAGGAAGAAAGAUGGUGGGAAAACGAGUAAAGGUUUUCUUUCGAAUCUUCUAGAAGGUUUCGGUUUUUCCGCAAAGAAAAUUGGGUGA